AUGAAAGGCAAAGGAAAGGGCACCGGCAGCAAAGGCGUGCUGUCCGGAGGCAAGGGUGGCAAGCCAAAGGGAGUCAGGGGUGCCGGGCCCAGUCGUGCAGAUGGCAAAGGAGAAAGGAACAUUCAGAACAAUGCACAGAUCCUAAACUUGCCAGCAGACUUGGUGGCAAGACUUAAGGACAUCAGCCAGACUCAUCCCGAUCGUGACAGACGAGCUUUUUUCAGCACCGAGCUAUGCGGCAUUACGGCUGACCUUGCUGCAAACACAGAGCUGAGCCAGGGGGCAGUUGGGCAAGCCUUCAGGAUCCGUCUGGAAUGCAAGACCAGGGUGGAGUCCAUCUUGUCCACCCUUAGUGGCAAGUCUGUGAAGAACCAGCCCGGCUAUGUAGCAUGCACUCAGCUGCAGCCACAUUCAGAGCCCUUCACGGCUUUGGAGUCUAUCUGCUUGGUCAUCUACAGGCCGAAGACAGCCGACAUCCUCUUGGUGCCUGAGUGGACCAAGGCGGCACAUUUGUUCCGAAGUCGUUUGGACGACUUCGUCGUGGAUGCAGGCUACGUACUGCAAGAUCGUUUCGGCGUCAGUCGCAAGACUCUUCGACGUCUGUGUGCUGAAGAAGUGAUGCAGGGCAUCAGGCUCCAGGACUUUUCAGAUGAAGAAGUGCACAUCUUGGCCGGCCUCACAUCACCGGAGAACUAUGAGGCCUGGACGGGUCGAGCGCUCUUCUCGGCUAGGCACCAGGUGGACUUUCAGCGCCUCGCUCGGCUCGAGGUUGUACAGAAUCUGAUCCAGGGUUUCAAGGACGAGGCCUCUAGGAGAGGGCUGGGAGAGACAUGCCCGUCUCCAAACUUGUGGUUGCCAUCGGAUUCACAUGCUGCUCAACGGAUUGCUGGACGUGACUUCGAGCGACGGGUGGACGUGGAGUCAACCAUAAGAAACUGCCUUUUCAAGUGGUUACUGGCACGGUUGUGUGCUCUCAGGUGGCUGAUAGUGCAGAAGGUGUGGCUACCGCCAGCUUCGACGGCCACUGGACGAAGAAGCUGUUGUCGGUGUGUGUACCGGAGUCCAUGA